UGUAUUGUAAGUGUAAAUAAAGAAAAAAUGGCUGUUGCGGAUUCGAUGUUUAUGUUUGAGAUAGUUGUCGAAGAAUUGAAAAGUUUAAUCAACUGUAAAGAGUUCUGCAUUAAAAGCCAAUUUGCGGAUAUAUUCAGUAUUCAUCUAGACGAUCCUAAUGAAUAUAAAUUGAAAUUACCAAAACGAAGUAAAAAAUCUACACGAAAAGUCAAGCUAAGGAGAAGCUCGACGUCUUCAAUUAGGGCAUCAGUACAGUCCAUUGUAUUUCCUAGUAAUGUGGAAUCUUUGGUUUCAAGUAUGAGACAGUAUCCGAUGGAGUUGUCACUUUGGAGUAAGAUAAUUCCUGAUUAUAAAAUAGGAUCUACUCAUAUUGCGUGGGGCUCCCCAUAUUUCGAAUAUUUGAGUAAACUCCACAAGAGACAAGACUCAGUUUGUGUCAAAGGAGAGUAUAAUGUUUUUGAUGAACUUACUUCAAGGCGCAUGGCGAUAAUUAAACUAAAUAUUAAAUUGAGUCAUGUAAAAGGCACAGAAAAUUCCGAAUUUAAAUUUGUAUUGCCAAGAAAUCAAGAACCAGUAAACGCUGGGAUUAAAUCUAAAUGCACAAUUAAAGCAAUUAAAGAGAUCACAAGUAAUUCGACGGACACUGGUACGGUUAAAGCAGUUUACAAAAACGAAAAGCGUAAAGUAAAAAAAAAUGUUCGUUAUAUACAUAAGAAGUCCAAAAAGACGGAGUACAAAGCAGUCCAAGAAGCUGAUAACAAAGGCCACGCGAGUGUAUUAGAUACUAUUGAAGUUAAUAGUAAAACUUGUAACAAAAGAUUAAAUAAUGGGAUUGUUGCACUAGUAAGAAGUGAUUUAAAUCUGAAAAAUAACAAUUUAAAUGUUAAAAAAUCCAAAUCAUGUUCUAACAUAAUUCAAGAAAAUAAAUAUUUAAAUUACAUUUUCGGUGGCCAGCCCGCUGGACCUUUUGGAAACCAGGUCUACUGUGUAGGAUAUUUUACAGUACAAAAUGAUUUUGCUGAUUCCCCUAAGUCUGCACGUUCUGAAAAAACUUCUGAAAAAAGUGUUUCCCGAAAGGAUAGCCCAGUGAAAUCUAAAUCAUCAUCAACGAGCAAUCGAUCUGAUCAAUCUGAUCAGACAGCACUGAGAGAAAGAUAUAAGUUUCGAAUAUGUGACGUUGAUUGUCCUGCCAAGAAAUUGGAAAACCUAUCUGGAACACUUAGUGUUUGUUCAUUAGAUUUACCGAUGGAAGCUUCACACUUGAUCACUGUUAAAAAAUGUGAUCGCGUAGACUGUGAUGGUAAGAAAACACGCCAACCACGCACACCACCGGACGAUGCUAUUUAUUUAGACUUGGGAAUAACUAAAAAUGAGAAAAAAAAUCUAGAGAAAGUAGAGAAAGUAGUAGGAGGGAUGAGAGCUAAAAUGAAAUUUGGUGAUGAACCUUGUUACUGUGAAUGCGAAUGUAAAUUUGGCUUUGUGAAAAAAACUACAUUCUGCAAUAUAUGUGGCGGCUAUGAAAAUUUUGGUGAAGAAUAUCCUAAGCGACCUAAAUCUGAAUUACCUUUUCCUUGCCCUAUCUUUCAUAAAUUAGUUGACAGAAGUAAAAUCAGUACUUCUGGAAGCGAUACCAAGAGAGAUAAAAAAGAAGUAAAGGACAUGUCUGAAGCUAAGUCAAAAGAUAAAAAAGAAGGUCUUGAAGAUAAGAAAGAAACAGACGGCAAUGAAAUAAAAAAAGAUAAAAGAAAAACCCCUAAGCAAAAGACAACCGUUUUGGAUAGAAAAAGUUCGGACUCCGAUAGAGACCAAACAAAAAAAGGCAAAAGAAGGAAAAAGGAUAGCAGAUUUAAAUUUAACUACGGUUAUCAAGGUAUACCUCCGCAAAUUGGACACAGUCGCUGCUUGCUGCCUUGUGGUGGUACGUUAGGUGCAGUACCUAAACGUAUGGGGUGGUUGUGGAAUGCUGAAAAUGUACCGGGAGUAAAGUUUCGUCCAUUAUGGAAACCUGGUGCUACCAAUAAACACGUAGUAAGAUUACUUAAAAUUGCCAAGAACCCUGGCGAAGCUUUGGCUAAAAAAAGAAAAAAAGACACGGGAAAGGUCAAGAGACCUUUGAAGCGGCCAUUACUUAUAGUACAAAAGAAGGAUGGCGAAUACACUGUGACAAUGGAAACAAUGAAAAGUUAUGCUAAGCCUAGGACGUUUAAUCAACACCCAUAUGAAGACAAACCUGUAGUGACAUACACGAUAGGGAGGACAUCAGAAGCAAACCUUCAAAGACGAAAAAGGAAACUGCACAGACAAAAGAUACUGGAGACGCAUCAGCGCGAAUUUAUACAAAGCGCUUUUAAAGAUAUGUGUCAGGAGAUAUGUCUCAAGACUUAUCAACAAGCUGUUGGCAUACUUCCUUAUACUGAAAUUCCCGAUUGUCCAUGUUACCCAAUAAAUCCCGGUCCUGACAGAGUAGACUUGGAUCGGUCCUGUUCUUGCUCUGAUGACCAUAUAAAAAUUGGUUCAGCCACAGAUUCUGAUGAAUGGAUUGUCGAAUUUACACCACCUUCUGCUAAAUUUGAUCCAACAUACAAAUGUAAGAAAGUUGUAACUGCAGACAUUUCAACUCAAUAUACAUACUUAGACUACAGAGUGAAACUUUUAGAUAGGUAUGGUAAUCCUGUACCUAGGUUCUUUAAGGGUCCUGAUGGGAAGCAACUAUGCAGUGACUUGGGUGGAUUCUGGGGACCGGAUAAUAAGUGGCUCGAAAUAAACACGGAUGGUUAUAUAGGACCUGAUGAGAGAUGGGCUCCAAACACUUUUAUGGGACCGACCGGAGAAAUGGUCGAUGCUGAGACAGGAAAAUUUCAGUCUGUAGAUGGUGAGUGGUUGGUUGUUGGAGUGGAUGGAUAUGUCGAUAUGGGCAAGUGGAAGUUCUAUUCCAAGUCAAAACUGCCAGCAGCCCCGAAAAAAGUGAAGUCAGGUAAAAAGAAAACUGCUGUAAAGCGGAAAGAAGAGAGAAAAGAUACGAAACCAUCGGAGGCCACUUGGAGUUGUUUCGGCAGUGUUUCUCCGAAACAAUUGUCUAAAAUGGGUAUAAUUGGCCAUGGGCAGGAUAAGAAAUUAUUGCUAACAAAAUUACGGGACAUGUUAGCUCAUGGCGAAGACGUCAAAAUACCAGAACCAAAAAUAGUUCCGAGAUCUGGAAAGAAACAUAAAGGGCGGCGCGGUGCUUCUCAACCGCACAGUUUUGUAGAAAGGAGAAAAUGUAAGCAUGCUACACCAUCAAAUAAAGGUAUUGUUGCGGUAGAUGGACAUGGGAAUAAGAUUUAUUUUAGGUUAAAAGAUGUCAAAAAUAGGAGACCUAAAGAUAGAUUGACUAACCUUACACAUCAGGGCAUAAGUUUAAGUUCAUUCCACGUACCAUGUUUCCACUCGUUUAUUAGUUCAGAAUUGAUGAAGAAGCAGCGAUAUGAUCGCUUAGUGGCCCUCGCAAAGGGAGCGAGCACUGGUGAAGGAGACGGACAGAAGCAGUCAACCCAAUCAUCCCGCGGGCGCAACACGACAAGCACGCAAGCUAAAUAUGUGUAUGUGGUUUAAACUGUCAAACACCAAGCGGUCACCAGUGACCGCAACCUAUUGUUCUAUAAUUGUGUCUACAAAACCGGUACUCGACGAGUUAAUUCUGAGUCCAUGCGAUAGUUACGGUAUAGAUUUAGAUGAUCGAAGUUUUAAGUGGUA